AUGAAAAAGGACUACCACUCACAGACUCUGUCAAAAUGUAAAGUCAUUCUAGGCGGGUUCUUGAUACACUGCACGCUGGGCAGCAUCUACUGUUUCUCCAACAUCAGCAUUUACGUCAUCUCUUAUAUGAAGAUCAUAGGUUGCUCCAAUGUCAAGUACAAGGAUAGUAGCUGGGUUUAUGUCCUUACUCUAAUUUUUCAGUGUUUUUUUGGCUUUUUCGGGGGAAUGCUGAAUCAGCAUUUGGGCCCCCAGAUUAGCGUCUUGCUGGGCGGGUGGCUCAUGUGCCUGGGGAUUCUCCUGUCCUAUUUCACUGUGUUCAACUUUUACCUGUUUUUGAUGACCUAUGGGAUUUUGUGCGGCAUUGGAUGCGGCAUUGCCUACCCGAUUCCGCUCUCCGUGGCGGUGAAGAGGCACUACGACUACAAGGGAGUGAUCAGUGGAAUCAUCUUCGUGGGGAGAGGUAUGGCAGUUUUCCUCAUAUGCCCCCUUCAGAAUUACUUCAUAAACAGAUACAACUACAUGCCGGAUUACACCCCCGAGUUGGAUCAUACAGACGACAAAUACUUCAGCAAUCUGGAGAUCCUUAACAGGGUUCCCUAUCUGUUCAUUUAUGAAGGGAUAUUUUUUGCAAUCAUUCAGUUUAUAGGUGCCUGUUUGAUAGCAGAUUCUAGAGAGACAUCAAACGAGUUCUUACCUUUCAAUGAUAAGAGUAGCAAACUUCUAUAUCUGGACGAUAGGGGGUAUGCAAAUAAGAGUCCCAAAGGAAUGUCCAGCUCCUUUAGGACUCUCUCCAACACGUCAAAUUUCUCCCUCAGAGAGUCUAACAGUAUCACCUUCAUAAAUCGAGAUUUCAUCUUAAUAUGGUUGAUGGUCUUCUUUAACUGGCAAGCUAUUUCGUAUACUCAGGUGUUUUGGAAAAUAUUUGGAUUGAAUUAUCUUAGCAUCGAUGACAGAUCUUUGUCUUUCCUCGGAGCUGUGUCUUCUCUCUUUAACAUCAUGGGAAGGAUUUUCUGGGGAUUCAUAAGUGACUUAACGAGCUUUAAGACGGCACUGAUAUUGAUGAGUAUGCUGAUGAGUUUCCUAACUGUUACAUUAACGCUGUCUGGUUUAUGUGGCAAGAUUACCUACUGCAUUUGGGUUUGCCUCAUUUUCUUUUGUCAUGCUGGGACCUUUUCCAUUUUCCCUUCCAUCACUGCACAUACCUUUGGCACUCGUAAUUUUGGUCCCAUCUUUGGCCUCCUCUUCACUGCUAGGGCUUUCUCCAGCAUAAUCAACGCCAUGUUGGCAGCCGUCAUUUUGAACAACGUUGGGAAUAUUGCUAUGUGUGCACUUGUUUCCAUUUCCUCCUUCGUCAGCAUCAUGCUGGCGCUGGCUUUUUAG